UAGACAUGAGAAUUCAAGUUAUUCAUGGAUUUAACAAGUUACAGUAGGGUUUUGGCCCUGAAUGCCUUUACAGAGAAACAAAAAUAUUUCACACGUGUACAAAUCACAUGAUUUCACAUGAAAUGUCACAUGUGAAAUCAUGUGAAAACAUGUUUUUGGAACACUUCACAUGUGAUCACGUUUUCAUAUGUGCAGCUUCAUGUUAUCACAUGUUGCUUUAUAUGUUGCCACAUGUUACCACAUUAACUUCACAUAAGCUCAUGUGUUCACAUGAAAUUCAAGGAUUUUGUGAUGACAGUUUAGAAUUCUAAUUCUAAUGGCUGAUUAUUUGGAAAAGGAUCAUCUCAAGAUGAAUUCCUGGAGUAAAAUAUUUUUAUGACCUUUUGAAGGGAGCACUUAAACUGCCAGAGAUAUUUGUGGUGUAUACGACAUGUAUAAUCUUAACUACCUCCAGAUCAUGGGUUUUUUGUUUCAAUUGUAGGCCUUAACUCUGAGUCCUUUUCAGCAGGCCUGGUUUUGUGAGGACAGCCAGGAACUUCUUAGAAGUGAUAAGAACAGGUUACCCAGAUGGCAUCAGUUAAAACAAGCAAUGUGCACAAUGGGAUUUCAUUACUGUAUCUACUUCACACUACUCAGCCAAACUGUGCCGAGCCAAGCCAAGGUGCACUGGGCUGAACGGGUUACGCAUCCACCAUAGUUACUGUAACGCUGCAGGACUAUGUAAAAAGAAAUUAUCAGAGCCAGCAGGGUAUAGUUCAGGUCGACCCUAUAGUGUGAAUCAGGUAUACAGAAUGUGACAUGUAAUGACUCCUCCUUCAGGAUACAGUGAGGGGGGAAAGUAUUUGAUCCCCUGCUGAUUUUGUACGUUUGCCCACUGACAAAGAAAUUAUCAGUCUAUAAUGUUAAUGGUAGGUUUAUUUGAACAGUGAGAGACAGAAUAACAACCAAAAAAAUCCAGAAAAACGCAUGUCAAAAAUGUUAUAAAUUGAUUUGCAUUUUAAUGAGGGAAAUAAGUAUUUGACCCCCUCUCAAUCAGAAAGAUUUCUGGCUCCCAGGUGUCUUUUAUACAGGUAACAAACUGAGAUUAGGAGAACACUCUUAAAGGGAGUGCUCCUAAUCUCAGUUGGUUAACAGUAUAAAGGACACCUGUCCACAGAAGCAAUCAAUCAAUCAGAUUCCAAACUCUCCACCAUGGCCAAGGCCAAAGAGCUCUCCAAAGAUGUCAGGGACAAGAUUAUAGACCUACACAAGGCUGGAAUGGGCUACAAGACCAUCGCCAAGCAGCUUUGUGAGAAGGUGACAACAGUUGGUGCGAUUAUUCGCAAAUGGAAGAAACACUAAAGAACUGUCCAUCUCCCUCGGCCUGGGCCUACAUGCAAGAUCUCACCUCGUGGAGUUGCAAUGAUCAUGAGAACGGUGAGGAAUCAGCCCAAAACUACACGGGAGGAUCUUGUCAAUGAUCUCAAGGCAGCUGGGACCAUAGUCACCAAGAAAACAAUUGGUAACACACUACGCCGUGAAGGGCUGAAAUCCUGCAGCGCCCGCAAGGUCCCCCUGCUCAAGAAAGCACAUAUACAUGCCCGUCUGAAGUUUGCCAAUGAACAUCUGAAUGAUUCAGAGGACAACUGGGUGAAAGUGUUUUGGUCAGAUGAGACAAAAAUGGAGCUCUUUCACAUCAACUCAAUUUGCCGUGUUUGGAGGAGGAGGAAUGCUGCCUAUGACCCCAAGAACACCAUCCCCACCAUCAAACAUGGAGGUGGAAACAUUAUGCUUUGGGGGUGUUUUUCUGCUAAGGGGACAGGAUAACUUCACCGCAUCAAAGGGACGAUGGACAGGGCCAUGUACCAUCAAAUCUUGGGUGAGAACCUCCUUCCCUCAGCCAGGGCAUUGAAAAUGGGUCGUAAAAUGGGUAUUCCAGCAUGACAAUGACCCCAAACACACGGCCAUGGCAACAAAGGAAUGGCUCAAGAAGAAGCACAUUAAGGUCCUGGAGUGGCCUAGCCAGUCUCCAGACCGUAAUCCCAUAGAAAAUCUGUGGAGGGAGCUGAAGGUUCGAGUUGCCAAACGUCAGUCUCGAAACCUUAAUGACUUGGAGAAGAUCUGCAAAGAUGAGUGGGACAAAAUCCCUCCAGAGAUGUGUGCAAACCUGGUGGCCAACUACAAGAAACGUCUGACCUCUGUGAUUUGUAAGUCGCUCUGGAUAAGAGCGUCUGCUAAAUGACUUAAAUGUAAUUGCCAACAAGGGUUUUGCCACCAAGUACUAAGUCAUGUUUUGCAGAGGGGGCAAAUACUUACUUCUCUCAUUAAAAUGCAAAUCAAUUUAUAACAUUUUUGACAUGCGUUUUUCUGGAUUUUUGUUGUUAUUCUGUCUCUCCCUGUUCAAAUAAACCUACCAUUAAAAUUAUAGACUGAUCAUUUCUUUGUCAGUGGGCAAACAUACAAAAUCAGCAGGGGAUCAAAUACUUUUUUUCCUCACUGUAUACCCCCUUUUUAGUGAGAUGAACCCCAACUCUAUCGGCUGUGUUUUAACCCUGCCUCAUCGCUGAUUUUUUCUUUCUACUCUAUGCUAGCUAAAUGGAAGACAUCAAGGUGGGUUAUACAAUACAAGACUGUUGGUUCGUCACUGGGUAUCAUCAUGUCCAAGGAAAUUAGAGUAGAGCGUGAGUUCAUCACAAUCCUAAAAUCCUUAUUUGAAAUGACUCUGCACCGUGGCCCAAUUUAUUAGUGAUCUUACUGGAUAUAAGAUGGCACUGCAUGACAUACAGUUGAAGUCGGAAGUUUACAUCCACCUUAGCCAAAUACAUUUAAACUCAGUUUUUCACAAUUCCCGACAUUUAAUCCUAGUAAAAAUUCCUCGUUUUAGGUCAGUUAGGAUCAUCACUUUAUUUUAAGAAUGUGAAAUGUCAGAAUAAUAGUAGAGAGAAUAAUUUAUUUCAGAUUUGAUUUAUUUCAUCACAUUCCCAGUGGGUCAGAAGUGUACAUAUUCUCAAUUAGUAUUUGGUAGCAUUGCCUUUCAAUUGUUUAACUUGGGGCAAACAUUUUGGGUAGCCUUCCACAAGCUUCCCACAAUAAGUUGGGUGAAUUUUGGCCCAUUCCUCCUGACAGAGCUGGUGUAACUGAGUCAGGAUUGUAGGCCUCCUUGCUUGCACACGCUUUUUCAGUUCUGCCCACACAUUUUAUAUAGGAUUGAGGUCAGGGCUUUGUGAUGGCCACUCCAAUACCUUGACUCUGUUGUCCUUAAGUCAUUUUGCCACAACUUUAGAAGUAUGCUUGGGGUGAUUGUCCAUUUUGGAAGACUGAUUUGCGACCAAACUUUAACUUGGACCCAAGAUGUAAACUUAUAAAGCAAUCUAACAUGGUAGCCUAUUCUAAUUUAAUUAAACAAAGAUAUCUGAAAUGUUGAAACAAUUUUGAUGGCAUUUGCCUCGGGUUAUAGGCUAUUAUAAUGCAGGUCUAGACGUAUUACAAUCAAAUAACUGUAAAAAAUAAUAAUAAUAAUAAAGUAUACAACUAUGUUAAGGUUUUCGAAAUCUAGGCCUAUCAGUAAAACAGUGUGCUGUAGCCUAAUAUUAAAGCAGAAAGUCAAGUCUGAUAUCGAAUUCUCUAAAUCAUUAGGCUACAUUGCCUUUUAACCUACAGCUGACUUCUAUUCCAGUCAUUAUGAUGUCGUUUGCCGGGUUGUGGUGGACAGCUCAUACAUAGAGCACUUGUGCAUUGAAGUGGGUGGCUUCCGAUAAAUAAAUAAAAACGUGUUUAAUGGGGGUAACAUCACCUCAUCCUCUGAUUAUCUCACUUCCUUCUGCCUGCCACUAUAGACCACCCUGAGCCCCUUGUGGAAACCGCUCCUUUGGGAAGGGAGGCUGGGGGUUUCCGUUGCCCUACCCAGUCUCCAUGCUUGUGGACUGAAUUUCACCAAAUUAUUUUAAUUCACCGAAAACAAACUACAGUUCACUGUGUUGGCAUGGGGCGCCGACCGAUUACGCGCUGCGGAUAGACACCGAAGGGGAAAAAAAGGGCGGAGGGGGAGGGGUAGCAGGUAAAGUGAUAGCGAUGGAGACCACGCGUGCGCACAGAGUUCCAUCCCUCCGCAUCGCUUCUUUUUUUUUGCAGCAUCAGUACCGCGCUCGUAUCGCAUUCGUUUGCUGGAGUCGGAGCGCGCUGCGGGGCGACACUGCACCGCCAAGGAGGACGCACAAGCACGGUAGAGGGGGGACUAGAGAGAAGGGAAAAAAGACAAGAGAAGGUAGCUCACAGGGGAGACUCAUAGCCUACCCCCUCAUUUGAAUACUGGAAGAAAAUAUAACAUUGUCGGACCUUUAGACAUAAGAAGACAACGAGGCGGAAAAACCCAGGCGAUUAUAUUUUAGCCAGCACGGCGGGGAAACAAUGAAGGAUCGUACACAAGAACUACGAAGUGCUAAGGACAGCGAUGAUGAUGAAGAAGUUGUCCAGGUUGAUCGGGAUCACUUCAUGGAUGAGUUCUUCGAACAGGUGGAAGAGAUCCGAGUCUGUAUAGAUAAGCUGUCAGAAGAUGUGGAGCAGGUCAAGAAGCAGCAUAGCGCCAUCCUGGCAGCGCCCAACCCUGACGAAAAGACCAAGCAGGAGUUGGAGGACCUCACAGCUGACAUCAAGAAGACGGCCAAUAAAGUUCGCUCAAAAUUAAAAGCAAUCGAGCAGAGCAUUGAGCAGGAGGAGGGGCUGAACAGAUCAUCUGCAGACCUGCGAAUUCGUAAGACACAGCACUCGACGCUGUCACGCAAGUUUGUAGAGGUGAUGACCGAGUACAACACCACGCAGUCCAAAUACAGGGACCGCUGCAAGGACCGUAUCCAGAGACAGCUGGAGAUCACUGGGAGAACAACCACCAACGAGGAGCUGGAGGAUAUGCUGGAGAGUGGCAAGCUUGCCAUUUUCACCGAUGACAUCAAGAUGGACUCUCAGAUAGACAAGCAAGCCCUGAAUGAGAUUGAGACCCGACACACCGAGAUCAUCAAGCUGGAGAACAGCAUCCGUGAGCUGCACGACAUGUUUGUGGACAUGGCCAUGCUGGUCGAGAGCCAGGGAGAGAUGAUUGACAGAAUUGAGUACAACGUGGAGCACUCCGUGGACUUUGUGGAGCGGGCGGUGUCUGACACCAAGAAGGCUGUCAAAUACCAGAGCCAGGCUCGCAAGAAGAAGCUCAUGAUCAUCGUCUGCUGUACUAUUCUGGGAGUUGUCUUGGCGUCCACUAUCGGCGGAUACCUGGGCUUUUAAUGACGACGACAACGAUGAAAGACGGCCACAAGAGGGAAAAAAACACAGAGAGAAAAAUAUCAUAUACAAUAUCAGAUAAGGAAAACGUUCUAAAAGUGGUUGGGUGGGGUUGAAAAAACAAAGACAAAAAAAAUACGACAAUAAACAUACAAAUAAACAUAAUAUUUGCAAUGUACAUGUAAAUGUAUUGAACAUAAGAAACAGCACAUGGGUUAGCUACCUGGAAAGAAAUAUGACGUAAAAUAUUUUUUUGGAACGUUUCAUUCUUUUUUGGGGAUCUCCAGGACAGUGCCAAUGACUGCUAAAUUGUGUGUUGUUCCAGCAAAGGUCGUUUACUUUGGAAUGCGAUUUUAGAACAUAAUGCACAAAACUGUAGAAGGGAAUUGGGAUGAUUGGUGUACCUUAUUUCAUAGAUACAAUAAUCACGUUUCGUUGGGAGACACUGACUUUGGUUUUGGUCUUUUAGAGACUUCUCAUGGGUUGAUUAUUCCUGUCAAUCAGGUUAAACAGCCAGUCAAAUUAGUGUAGUCAAUUUGAGUAACCUGCCAAUGGGCUAAUCAAAUCUCCUAGAUUAGGCAUUCAUUUGCAACAAUGUCUUUACUUCGACCAAUAGGGACAGGAGCUGACACCCAUGGAGCUGUUACAACGGCAGAUGAAAGGCGUGGCACUGCAGUAGCAGGUUUAAAAUAAAAAAAACGGACAGUUUGCAGGUGCUCCAUCAAAGCCCUUCUGCUCUUAUCCAUACAGUAGGAGCAUGGAGAGAGGAAUGUCUCAGGGUCUUCAGCUAAUUCGAUAUGUCUGCGGCAGAAACCAAAUUCAGAGAGACAGAUUAGAGAGGUGAGACGGGAGGGGGGGUCGAAUGAUGCAAGUUUUGACAAAGAAAGCCGAUCAGCUCGAGUUUUCCCAGGGAUGUUAAAAGAGAACAGACAGAGUAAAGAUACACCAGAGAGGGAAGGAAGAGAGGGAGGUGAAAGAAAGAGAGACCUAUAGCCGGUCACGCCUGUUCUACAGAUUUUGCAAAAAAAUUGGAACAUGUUAAAAAGUCAAGAUGAAAAUUGAACAACGGAAUCUCAAAACUUGAAAUGCUGGCUAGCCCUGGUGUCGAGUCUCAUGUCUUGCUUUGGAAGUGGUUAGUUCUACUGUGGUCGUGUAGUGUGUGACGUGUCCUGUGACAAAUAGUCUGGCCUCAUAUUUCCAAUAAUGGACCUUUAGCUAUAUUUAGCAUUUUGCAGUUUGCUUUAUUUUAAAAACAUAUAAGCAAAUGGGUACUUUGAAUGGAACAAGUUUGUGUGCCCCUCCUUGUGAAAUUGUAUUUUUUACUAAGCAAAGAUAUAAUCUUAAAAAACACGCAACUAUAGAAUCGAUUCAUAAAACAUGUUAGGUAUUGAUAAUCUAUCAAUCGGUAGGUCAUGUUGAGUUUAAAGGGUUUUAACCCUCCGCUUGAGUUGUUUGGGUGCCAUUUCAUAAAGAUGGGCGUUUCCCUCUUAAUAAUAGCCCAUUGGUGGUGCUGAACUAGUACCAGUUCAGAAUGACAAGGUCAGGAGAGAAUACUGUGCUCUAUGAUUGCACAAUCUACAAACCAAUGCCAUUUGAGUUCAGGCUAAGAACAGAUAUGAAUGCUGCUACAUUUAUCUCACGGAGACAACUCUACCUUGCCAAGGAAAUAUGCAUGGCAACAUGACACGGAUGUCACAGUGACUCUGUUGAAGCCAGCGCUGUAAUGUUGCAGAUUAAGAUCCAAACUGCGGGAAUGACUGGAUCAAAAUCAUGACUCGUGAGCCUCUUGCCCUCGAAGUCCCAAUUCCCUGGCAUGCGUUGAUGGUGUUGGCCCCCGACUAGAUGAACUGAAGCGUUCUGACUGUUUGGGGUCACCUUCAUGGAAUAGUGUCCCAGUGUAGUUCAUAUGACAAGGCCUUAUACCCCCUGUGUUCUAGAUUGGACAUGGACCUAAUCAGAGUGUAGAAUAUACUCUACGAUCAAUAGAUAUUGAAAAAAAGCAACAACCUUAUUGCUGGUGUAUUGAUUUGAUUAUAGCCAAUUUAAAUAGUAAACCAAUUAUCCUUUGACGUUAGCUUCCUAUAUGUAGGAACGUCAUAGGAUAUAAGUUGUAGCCUGGCGGUUAAGAGCGUUGGGCCAGUAACUGAAAGGUUGCUGGUUCAAAUACCUGAGCUGACUGGGUGAACAAUCUGUUUUAUGUGCCCUUGAGCAAGGGCACUUAACCCUAAUUACUCCUGUACUACCCUCUGGAUAAGAGCGUCAGCUAAAUGACUUAAAUGUAAGUCAGAAGUUGUACUCUUCUUCAUUUCAAGUGCCCAAACAGACUAUGUUGGCCACUACAAGAUGAAACUGUGUUUUCUUGUAAUUGAUACUUUGACUGUAUAUGUAAUAAUUGUAAGGAAAAAACAAUAUGUUGUCAAAUGUUUUCUUAAAAUACUAAUUUUGUGUUGAAUAUGUCCUUAAUAUUGUAUAUUCAAAGGGAGGAGCCAGCUUUCAGUUUUCUGAACUUGGAUUUUAAGAGUGCUACGGAAAUGUAGCUAAAUUCAACAUUUCCAAAUGCCAAAAGUGACUCUGUUCAGUGUAAAACCAAAGGCAGAUGAUUUUACUUCACGGGUGCCCCAACACAGAUAAUCACGUUAGAUUAACCUUCUGACACAGAAUAGUCUAUUAAUGCAAAUCUCACAGGACAUUGGAUAGGAUAUUUCAGAGUUAGACCUAAUUCAUCUUACCUAUUGGCUGCUACAAAAUCAAUACACACCCACUCACCCUUCACAGUUACAUGGUCAUUCCCCUGUCAUUGUCAUCAGUGAGGAACGUUAUUUUCUAAGUCAUCGGUUUCUUGGUGAAUUUCUAAGUCAAGUGGUCCUAUGAUGGUCAUCACUGACUGUCAUUGAACUGCCUCUGUUGUUGUCCAAACUUGAAACUAUAGUAACUACAUUAAAGUUAUGUUCCACUUUCAGCUCAGCGGCCAACCAAAUCAUGUCCCUUUCAAGUGCUAAGUAGUAGUUAGCUGAUGCUUUGUGCUAAGGCCCGCCAUAUCAUCAUAAGGACAAUACUUGCAAUAAAUAGGAAGCUGAAACCUUCGAUGAAAGGUUCAGUCAUUUCACGAAUCCAUGCAAAAGGCUCUUUGGUUCUGAGUGUGAAACAGUGGCCUUUGAUAGUGGGCUGUCCUUACAGAAUGGGAGUCUGCGUUGCUGACUUUUUCCAUGAACAACCACAUACCAUUGGGAGUUUGGCACUCACGUACGGCUUGGAACACAUUGAGCGAGAAACAACAACAAAUAAUGGCCUCUAUUUGAACAUGAUUUAACUUCAGGACUAACCCAUGUCACUGUUUUCUAUGUGCAUACCGGUAACCACUUUUGAGUUCUGUACAAUCUCGAUCACCACAUGAGACGUGAUAUUUCAGUCCCACCAUGACUUAAAGGCGCUUAUAUUACUUUGGUGAGCCUCUGAAGUCCAAUUUGUAUCUUUCCAUGGCAAGAAUGUCUUUCUGCAGCAAGAGAUAUUGAGGGCAUAGGAAUGGCAAACGGGAAAUGUAGGUUAAUUCGACCAACAUCUCCACCCACAGAUCCCGGAGGGAAUCUGACUGUAGUCCUCAAGUCAUUCCAGCACUGGCCAGCAUGUUAUUUUGAAGCUUCUGUGUAUUUAAUGUGUCCAACCACUUACAUGUACAGUUAAAAUGGGGUUAUAUUGAUGUCGUUGUUGUUUUUUAAAAGGAAUAUGGCUAGGGAGCCCUUAUUCUUUAAGGCAUGCAACUUUCGGCUUUGUGAGUUUGCAUGGUGAUUUCUGCUCUCGAUCAUGUGCGCACUUUACACUCUAUAAGAAAACACUGUCUAUCACAUUCACGGUUUAAUUUAUCGAUCGAUUAUUUAUAUUUACUCACUGAGGACGGGGUGAGGGCUUAUAGUUAUAUCACUGCUGGUGUCUGUUUUAUUGCAAGUCUACAGAGACACCAUAUUUACAGUGGUACGUCCAGAGAGGUGAUCUACGUAUGUACGAGUGUGUGUAAACCUCUGGGUACUGUUUGGUGCAAAAUGUCCUCUCACCCUUCCUCCAGAGUACUGUAGUGUGCGGUUUUUCCCCACCAUGGCAGAACCCCUAGUAGUAAUUCUGAUACAUUCCAUUCUGUACCCCUCUUUCUCUCCCAUGGCAUCUAUCCCACUUUGCUCUGUGUGCUUCUAUGGUGGCGUAUGUGUCCUUUGUGAGGAAACGUUAAUCGUGAGUCUUUAAGCUGCGACUGCAACUUGUGAGCUCCUAGGCCUUGUGUGCAUGCCCCUCGUCCCUGGCACAACAAAAAAAACGAUGGUGCGUGUGUGUGUUUGUGUGUGAGCAUGAACGUGUGUUUGUGUACAGUAUGUGUGUGCACGUCUGUGAUCGGCGCAGAUCAGUUGCAUCACACAUUGAGCACGCGACUAGGCGUAAGGGCUGUUUGGGUUUAGCAGGUCCAUGGGUUGUAGCUGUUGAGUUCCAGUUUUAUGUUGAAAACAGAACAACAAAAAUACACUAUUUAUAUAUGUUACCAAAUUCAAACCAAAGCAUUUUGCCCCACGUGUUCUCAGUCACCGGAUCAAAGAGCACAAAGAAAGUCAAGUUUACAAAAAAAAAUGCUUAUAAUAUAAUAAUAGGAAUCUAGAUCAGAUCAUAUCCCCCCCUUCAAAUCAUUGUACGUUGAUCUGUCAGCUAAUUGACUCAAACGUUUGAAAUGACUUGUUGAAUAGACUUCACAAAUUGUCCUUUAAUCAUUCGUAGUUUGUAGUCUUCAUGGUUGCAACAGUGAGAAGAGAUGGAUAAUCAUACGACGUACAUGCAGUCCUCUGACACUUGAGUCCAAAGGAGACAACAGUGACUACUAUUAUUUCUGCAUAGUCUAUACACCUAUCUUUAUGCACACAAUAUCGACAUGUUUUGUUUUGUUAUGCCCUCUUUUACCACCCAAUUCAACGCCCACCUGCUUUGCUUUCUGUGUGCUGGCAACACACCUGAAUAGAGUGUAACCCAGAUCAACUUUGGUGAAUAUAAGGGCACUGACCUGGAUGAACCAAAGUAUUCUAUGUUUCUAUUCCUGUGUUGUUUUGAAAGUGAAAAGAGGUGCCGGGGUGUGCGGCACAUCGGUAAUGACCUCCAAGCGUAGUGAGCAUAGAGAAAGCGUUCUGUAAAAUGAGUGGAGAAGGAAUGACGGUAAUGACCUGGCCAUCUAGCUUCUGUCAGUGCGAAGCCUUGUCAGUGCAGUCAAUAUGGAAAGACAAAACGUUCUUCUGGAAAAGGGGUUUGAUAAUAUGGUCUUGAACUGCAAUUAUAACCAGUUAGAUCUUUCAAAACGAAAUAUCAUGUUUUAUAUUAUCAUGGUUCAUAUUUGGAGUUUUGCUGGCUAUAUAUAUGGGCACCCAUACAUAUUUGCUUGUUGUAGCCACAAGAAAUCCAAGGCCCUAUGCAAUGGCCCCUGGCUUUAUCCUCACCGUUAUGUCAACAUUCAAACUGCUUUCACAGAAGAGGUUCAUUUCAAAAACCAACUAAGCCCUCUUCAGAGAUGCUCAUUUCUAUUGUGGCUUACUAAUGUGCUACUGUUAUUUGCCACGACGAAACCGUUUGUUGUUUUCUUUGCUUUAUGGUCCUAUUUUGGAAAAUACUCACCAUAUCUCACAACAGUAUUCCUUUGUAUCAGUGUUCUAAUUGGGAGCGGGGUUGGCGGUGUAGGAAUGGUGCCCCGAAAUUGUGACUUCAGAAAGUCGAUCGUUAUCUGAAUGGCUUAACAGUAGGUUAACGGAAAACUGAAUAGAUAUGAAAUAUAUUAUUAUAAUGAGAAGAGAAUGCAGUAACAUGUGCAAACUGAGGGAGAAAGAAUGGCAAAAUGAUCAAAUGCUAAACUAAAAAAAGUGAGUGAUUCUAUUAUAGCAAUGAUUUAAAGAAAUAAAGGAGUUAUGUUAACAAAAAUAAUAGUAGUAAUAUUGAAAUGCUCGCAAUUUUGUCCAACUGAACUGGAUCUUUGUGUCUUGUAAUUAUUGUAAAUACUUCAAAGAGAGAAAAAAUGACUUGCAUGUCCAUGUAUAAAACUACUGAGAAACUUGUUCCUGUCAAAGUUGUGAAGUGGUUCGAUCUCUGCCCUAUACCCACUGUCCCCCCUCUUUGGACUGACUGUCUGUACAUAUAUGUUCUUUCAGUUUUAAUGUGUGUUUGGAGUGUUUGGACAAAAGAAAGAAUCAAUUGUGUGACCAACCAUAUCAGUCAAAAACCCACCCGUUUGAUUUCGUUCAGAGGCAUCCGUCUCUGAUGAAUAGUGCUUCCCUCCAUCCGUAGUAAGAAGGGAGUGGCAACGUACAUGUUGCCAUGUUGUCUCGGUUUCCUGCUUCCAGGCCAAAUAUGAACUCAAACACUCUCUUUGUCUCCAAUUAGUAGCUGGUAGUCAGCCAAAAACAGCCCUGUCAUUGUGAUUGGCAUUGUCUUGUAUAAUGACAAUGUCAACCUUGUCACUUGGCUUUGGGCUUCUUCUCAUGGGUCCAGGGUCUCUCAUCGCUGUGGAAAGUAUACUGUGGUGAAACAACAAGUCCUUCUCUUAAUUGAACCCGCCAUUACGUAGUGGUCAUGACAUUUAAAGUCAUUAAGCGCUCAUUUGUGUGAUCUUUAAUGUCUGGCAAGUGUUGCAACUCUCCUAUGUUCAUGGGAGAGAAAUAGGAGAGGAAAUUAUUUAUAUUGUCAAAAUUGUAAGAAGAUUUUCAAUUUUUGAAAUUAGUUAGGCUCUGCGUUGAGUUUUGUCCUCUUUUGUACUGAUAUCUUAGCGCGUCAGAUGCAAACAACUGAGUUUGAGAGGAUUUUGUCCCAAUUGUGAGAGCAACCCAAGGAGGUCUGAUCAUCCUCAAAGGGAACGUUGUGGAUCAUACUGAAAGAUUGACCUGUGACAAUAUAGAAAUCCACUUUUAUGUGCAAUACAAAAGAAAAAGGGCUUUCUCUAACAUGCAGAAGUGAGACAAAUUUAACCCAGACUUCGAUCAACCACAACACAGUUUUGGUUGCAGAUGAUCGAAAGCCACAGUUGGUAGAAGUGAUUUGAAAUGUGUAACAACACAGGCAGAAGAGAACAACUCCAUCGUGUUCAGUGAAAGUCCGUUAAGAGGGGGUUGGUCAGGGUGGAAGAGAUCGAGCGAAACAAGAAAAUGAUACUGAGAGAGACUGACAAAAAGAGGACAGUUGGAUCGUUUGCUGCAACUUUGACUGGAAAUGCAACUUGUGUACCGUUUUUUUUUGUGUGUGUGUGUGUGUGCGUACCGUAAUGUAAAAAACUAUCUGUCCCUCUCUCUCCCUCUCUUGUACUGCUGUUUGCUGUUCUGUUUAGUUAGUGUGAUGUGCCAGUAUUUCCCCUCCCCAGCCCUCUUGCUCUCUCUCUCCCUUUUCUCCAUGGAUCUUUAAGAUGACAACUCUAUGCAGAUGCUGUCUUUUAUAAGUGUGUCAAAUUUUAAUUUAAAAUAAAAACGAUUAAAAAAAACUAACCCGACAGACAUAUUCGAAAUGAUAACAAAAAAAUGAAUAAAGAAAAGGAUUGUUCAGUGUA